AUGUUGCCGUCCGCGCAUGCGCGCAGCGGCGGCGCCGUCGGCGCAUCGACCGCGCCAAAGGAUGAUAUGAUGGUGCGAGCGCCCCAGGAUGAGAAGCUGCGCCGCCAGGGACAGUGGACAGGCACUCCUCGAACGCCAGCGGCGGAAAGAAGAACCAGCUCAACCACGACGAUAACUGGCGCGAACAAGACUUCUGCAUCUUCCAGCUUGCCGCCUCCGGUAAUGCCCGUGGGCGGUGUUACGCCGGCGCUACCAGAUGCUCUACUUCACCCGAGAUCCAAAACUUCAGCCGAGCCGCCCGCUGCGGGGCCGCUGACCGCUUUCGAGGCAUCCAAGACAGCGCAUCAUGCCCAAGCCACCGCUCCGACGCGCAUAGUGACUGCGGGGUUCUAUCCGGCCCCAGCACGACCAUGGGUCCACCGUCUGCCUCCGCAGUUCUCCCCAGCCAUUAAACGCCCCAACUUACCGGGAGUACAAGCUCAGUACGCCCCGGAGAAGCCGCACCUCCUGCCCCGGCUACAGAUCCGGCGGCGCACCUUCACUCUGGCAGAGCUGCUGGAGCGCUUCGGCGACACGGACAUCAUCUACAGCUUCGUGAACGGCAGCGAGGUGAACCACCAGUAUCGGAAGGCCAUGCGAAGGGCCUGCAUGGAGGCGAUUCUCGCGAUAGAAAGCACUUCCUAUGUGAAAGGGCAUACGUUCCUGACGCCCCGCACGAACCCUCCCGAACCCCCCACCACCUCUUCUACCAGGGCGCCCGUGAACCCGCUCGAAGCUCUGCUUCAGUCCCUCCAUUGCGCACCAGAGUUUUUGACAGGCACGCAGAACCCCGUCCGCACAACGAAUGAUGUACUCCAGGCUGUCAAAGCUGCUGCCCGCCGCGGCGCCGACAACCGUGACCGCGAGACGGACGAGCUGCGGCACAGCCUGCGGAGCGUGGAGCAGCACGUGCGGUGGCACCGCGGCCGCGUGGUGAUGGUGUCGCCCGGGCACCACCCGACGUGGGUGGACGGCGCGAAGAACUUCCUUGCCGGGAUGUGCGGCGGUGCGCGCGUGCAGGCGCUGCGGUCGAGCGGGACGCACCUGCGCGUGACGACUGUGCACCAGGACGCCGUGAUGCCGUACGGGAUGCGACUGACGGUGGACUCGCACGUGAUCGAGCAGCACCUGUGGCGCGUGCGCAACGUGACAUCCGUGCACGUGUACAUGAACGACGACUACUUUGUGAACCGCGACGUCGCGAUCACGGACCUGCUCAACGAGUACGGCGGCACGAUUGUGCGGACGGAGAGGGGCAUCAUUGCGGCCGGCGCUGUCGCAGAUGGAGGCGCUUCCUGGGCAAAGGGCGUGCUGCACACGCAGCAGUUCAACACGCAAGAGCUGGACGUGCUGCACGAGGACUACCUGCCGGAGGCCCUCGUCACCAUGUGGGACAGUCUGAAGCGCGUAAACAGGAGCGCUAGCGCCGCUGCCGUGACUUCUAUUUCCGUACCACCCCUUGACGAGGCGGUCGAUGUCGCGCAUCAAUACGAACCAGACCCGCUGCCCAGCAAGUCGCUCAUGCCACGCCGCCCGCGCCGAUACGCCACCCACGCGCCGUUCGUGUACUGCACGAACAUGUUCCGCUUCUUCGAGACCCGCUACGAGCGCGAGUUUGCCGCCGCAGCGCUUCGCCACCGCAGUCGCAAGGCGCGCGACCUGUUCAUCCCGUUCGUGUACAACGCCUUCAUCAUGGCGCGGCCGUGGCAGGCGUCGCCGAAGUUCCUGCCGUACCUGCUGGAGCUGCACCGGAGCCGACGACUGGGGCGGACGGACGCGAUGUCGCCGACGCAGAUCGUGCUGGACAACGAGGACGGCUGCGGCCCCGCAUCGCUGCUCAGCGGCGCAGCUGAGUCUGAUUGCGUGUUUGCCAAGUUCCUGAACAACUUGACGCUGAACGAGGCGGUGGUGGAGCGCGUGCGGCAGGUGAACCCGCUGUACUUCAACAUCAACGCCGGGUUCAGCAGCGCGGAGGCUGCGGACCAGCUGCGCCGCUUCCUGCACGGCAAGUUUCCGACACCGGUGUACCUGGAGGUGGGCGGCAGGACGAGUUCUGCCGGGGCCGCCGCAGCUGCUGAGGAGGGAGCGCUGUCGAGGCUGUUUGGCGACCUGAUGGCGCUGCCGGUGGUGGGCGUUGUGUCGUACGAGGAGGGCGUGUGCCCGCUUGUGCGGAGCCUUGCGCUUGCGUUCGCGGGGCACCACCGUGGCGGCGUGCGUGUGAGCGUGGAGCAGCACGGCGGCGCGACGCUGCGUGAGGCGCGCGCUGCGCUUGGGCACCGCGUUGUGAGCGCGAUGCCUGCGCCUGCGUGCGCGUACAAGGAGCAGGUGAGCGUGGACCCCGCGGCACGGGGUGAGAGCGUUGCCGAGAUUGCCCGCCGCGCCAUGGGCGAAAUGCGGGGCGGCGUGGAGCUGCCGUGGACGUGCGGCGGGGGCGGCGCUGGGCUGCGCGUGCGCGGGUUCGUGGUGGACGCGCGGACGCGUGGGGCGCCUGUGCGGAGCGCUGCUGCGCUGCGGGACGCGCUUGCGGUGCCUGCGCAGACGCUGUCGCUGGAGGACUUCCGCGCCGUUGCUGUUGGGCCGUCGGAGGGCGACGUGGUGCUGGUUGUGUCGCGCGAGGACGCGGAGGCGCAGGCGGUGCACUGGGUGAAUGGGGCGUCGGAGAGUGACCUGCUCCUGACGUACCCGCUGCCGGUGGAGGCGUACGAGGACAUGGACGCGGAGGUGCGGUGGUCGGUGCCGUAG